GGAAGGAGUAAUGGCGUACGCAUGAUCUAUAUAAAGGGCUGCUGUCUAUAAUGAGCCAGCGAACGGCCGGAGAUAAACAUGGCUGGCCUUGUCGGUGUACCGGGGCUCUCACAGCUCUCCGCUGGUCAUUCGGCUGUCUACGAAGCGUACUUCAGACAGGCUGAUGUGAAAGGCACAGGAAAAUUAGGAGCUGGUGAAGCAGCUCUCUUCCUCAAGAAGUCCAAUUUAAAGGAGGGAAUACUACACAAGAUAUGGGAGCUCUGUGAUCCACAGGGAACAGGAUUUCUGGACAAGCAUAGGUUUUUUCUAGCUUUGCGUCUGAUAGCGUUGGCUCAAAACGGAAAAGAAGUGGUUAUCAGUAAUCUGUCACUAUUGGUCCCUGCCCCUAACCUGGGUGAUAUAUCCCCUAGUGUCCCACCCCCGGCAGAGAGCAACGUCUGGUCUGUUAAACCUGCUGACAAAACCAAGUAUGACCACAUAUUUGAGGGCCUAAAACCAGUGAAUGGACUUUUGCCUGGUGAUAAAGUCAAACCUGUGCUGCUUAAUUCCAAGCUACCUAUUGAUGUGCUUGGGAGAGUCUGGGAUUUGUCAGACAUUGAUAGAGAUGGAAUGCUAGAUGCUGAUGAAUUUGCAGUGGCAAUGCAUUUGGUAUAUAGAGCCCUAGAAGGUGACAUGGUGCCAUUGACACUACCUGGUCGAAUGGUCCCACCAUCCAAGCGAAAACUUAAGCACCCUGGAUCGUCUGGGCCUGCGUCACCUCUGGUCAGUAAUAUGCCUACAUCCUCUGCCUCACCUGUGUCUGGUAUGAAGAAUAUCACUAGUGAUACCCAGUCUUGGGUAGUACCGGCUGCAGACAAACUGAAAUAUGAUUCUAUAUUCAAGACGACAGACAAGGACACGGAUGGUCUUGUAUCAGGAGAGGAAGUGAAGAAUGUGUUUAUACAGUCGGGACUAGCUCAGCCAGUUCUAGCACAUAUAUGGGGCCUGUGUGACUUAACCAACAGUGGUCGACUGAAUGCUGAGCAGUUUGCUCUUGCAAUGUAUCUAAUAAAGCAGAAAGUCAAUGGAGUAGACCCUCCACAGAAACUUACCCCAGAAAUGAUACCUCCCUCUAUGAGGGGAUGCUCACCUUCUGGGUCUGAUGACAGUAAGGAUGGUCCAGGCAACAUAUUGACUUCCCUAGGAGACUUUUCAGCAAUCAAAGAAUUGGACAAGAUUACAAAGGACAUUGAGGAUUUAGGGAGAGAGAAGAUGGGUUUGCAACGGGAAAUUGAUGAAAAGGAAGAGAUGAUCAGACAAAGAAACACUGAAAUACAGAAUCUUCAGUCUGAUUUGGAAAAAACUAAGCUAAGUGUGCAAGAGUUAGAAAAACAAAGGCUUGAGGCUCAAAGUAAACUGGAUGAUUUUGAUAAAGAGAAAUGUAAAUAUGAAGAAAUGUUAACUGAGCUCAAGCAGAAGUGUCAGGAACAGACAAAACUUGUAGCAGAUCUUAAGUCCCAAAUGCAGAACAGUCAGAAGUCUAUUGUUCAACAAGAGGAGGAGUUAGGAGAGGCAAAAGAAGAACUUAACAAACUUAGAGAAGAAGAAUCAAAACUAGAGCAAGAUAUAAAUUCCAGUAAAGAGUACCUAGAGACAGUACAAAAACAGUGCAAGUCCAUCCAAGGAGAAAUAAAUCAGGUUCGCUCCAAACUCAACACACUGAAUGAGACCAACAGCAGCCUGCAGUCACAAAUUGCUCAUUACAACUCCCUCAUGAACUCAAACAGUAUCCCCACCACCAGCGUCACCAACUCUCUUCCUAUCUCUGACUUCUCGCCCCUCACUGAUGCAUUUGACAUGACCCCAACCCCCUCAGAAACAGAUGCCAUGAGUGUACGAGCCACGGCCGGCAGUAGUCCUGUUAGCAGCAUAAGUGGAUUCAGUGUUGGCUCGGGAAGAGUUGACGAAGCAGUAGAUGAUUUUAAGGACAAAGAGACAGGCGAUGAUUACAAGGAUGGAGAUCCAUUCAAGAGUAAAGAGAAUCUGUUCAGCUCAGCAGAUGCGGAUUCUACAGAUCCAUUCCAUUCUGAUGACCCGUUUAAGUCAGAUCCAUUCCAUUACAAGAGUGUCUCAUUUGCUGAUCCAUUUGCGGCUGAUCCUUUCGCGGGCGAUGAGGAGUUGUUCAAGAAUGAUCCAUUCAAGAGUGAAAUGUCUGCAAAUAGCGAGGAGCCAGGCUCACAGAGUGCAUCUGCCAACGAUGAGACGGCAGAAACGCCAAGACACUCGGAGACUGAAAGUGGUCUGUCAUCGUCUCCAUCCAAGUCUGAUCCGUUUGCAGCUGUUGAUCCUUUCGGGAGUGCAUUCUCUUCAUCCAAGAGACCGGGCGACAGCCUUUUUGGCUCUGAAGACCCCUUUAAACCCUCAAACGAGGACUCCAACAAGACGCCAACCAAUCAAAAGAAGAGUUUCGGUUCAGGAAAGGACCUGUUUGGUGGUGACCCGUUUGGCUCAGAAGAUCCCUUUGCAGCCUCUUGAUGCCUUGUCCACGAAGUAGACACCCGAGGACUUGUACUUACUGAAUGCAUACUCUUUAAACGAGAACUAUAAGAGCGAAAGCUAACACGAGAGCUCGCCCUAUUAACAAGCUGCUUUGCUAUUGGACAAGCUCGCUACUAACGCUAGUAGUCCUUGAAAAUUCCAUAUCUUCACAGACAUGCUUUUGUGCCGUAUCGUUUUAGUUUUGGCCGCCGUAGGAUUGUGAAGAGGAACUUGCAUAGGCUUGCCAAGCUUUGAUAACGGGGAUAAGGCCCGACCUAGUAACAGACCUUGUAAAACCCGCCCCGAGAUGUCACAGAGGUUGAACACUCCUAGUGGUUGUUAGCAAACCCGUCAAGGGUUGUGAAAGGGUUGCACACGUGGCUACAUAUACCCUAUAGGCGUAUAUUAGUUCCUGGUAGGUUUGAUAACUGGUAGGACGCUCCUCUGUAGCAGAUAUAGGGUAGGCGUAUAUGUAAUCUUGGUCCUUUUAUUUCUUUUUAUCUGUGCUUUUUUUAAAAAUAGUCUCUCACAUGUAAUAUUUGACAAACAAGCAUAUAAGUAAUCCAAGUAGGUUGGUCCUUAACUUUAAUUCCAAUAUAAAAUCAUUUAUUCUAGAGAAGAACUACAUUAUCCAUAAAAAAAUAUCCAUUUUGUGACGGUUAUUCCUUUUAACGGUAGGGAAGCCUUGUAUGAUUGCAUAUAUUUCUCAAUUUUCUGUUAUUUAUGUUGUCUUCAAAAUACUGGUUUGUAUGUGUAAUAGCGUGAUGCGCUCGCUUUAGGUAUUUAUUUGUGAUGUCUCGGUGAACUCGUGAAGCCUUGUACGGAGGAAAAAAAGAUGUGUCAAUUUGCUGCUCCAGGGUUAGCAUACCCAAGCUGGAAAUUCUCUUUAGCUUUGUAAAAGAUAUUAAUAAGAAAUCAAAUAAACAAUGAUGUAAUCAUG